UCUUCUUUGGUAUAACGAUGAUGAUGAUGAUGAUGAUGGGCAGUACAUUUGGAACUAUAGGCUCAAGCAUGGCAAGUUUGUUCUUUAUCUGGGCAAUAGUUCAACAAAUCUUCCCUAACCAUUUGAAGAUUGCCAUCAAAGAGUUCCUUUUGUCAUCAUUCCAACAACUCUGUUUCGCUCAAAGAGUUUUUCAGAUUAUUUCACCAACCUCUUCUCUCCACGUCGACAUCAACUUCCCCGAGAGCGAUGAGUACCGUCUCAACCACGCUUUCUCAGCCAUCGAGACCUACCUUGAGGCGAAAGCAACCGAUAAAUCCAAGCACCUCAGAGGAAGCCAGGUGAAAGAGAAUAAAGGUUUGGUCCUGAAACGAAACGAGGUCAAAAUCAGAGAUGAAUACAAAGGAGUUAGGGUUUGGUGGGAGAUUGUGACUGCUUCUGGUGAAGAAAGAUCUUACAAGCUCACGUUUCACAACCGUUCAAGGAGUCUUAUAACUGCUUCAUAUGUACCAUAUGUGGUCGAAGACGGGAAACUAAUCAAAGCCAAGAAACAGCAGACGAGGCUGUUCACGAAUAACCCGAGUUCUCAAUGGUUUUUGAGCCACAACAUGUGGAGAUCUAUCGAGUUUGAGCAUCCAGCGAAUUUUGAGACACUAGCCAUGGAUCCAGAGAAGAAAAAAGAGAUCAUGAGUGACCUAACUGCUUUUACCAAUGGGAAAGAUUAUUACAAGAAGAUUGGGAAAGCGUGGAAGCGAGGCUACUUGUUGUAUGGAGCACCAGGAACCAGUAAGUCCACCAUGGUUUCAGCCAUGGCUAAGUUUUUGAACUAUAACAUCUAUGAUCUUGAACUCACGGCUAUAAAGAACAACUCGGAGCUGAGGAAACUUCUUACAACAACAUCUAGCAAGUCUAUUGUUGUGAUUGAGGACAUAGACUGCUCAGUAGAUCUCACCGGUAAUAGAACCAAGAAGCUUUCAAGAUUGAGUUGCGAGGAUAAUGGGAUCAAGUUGGCCGGCUGA